UACAUGUUGUUUUGCUUUUGCUCGGACGGUGUUUACGCCUCGUAAAUACACGGUGAAAAGUAUCGUGCAAUACGAGAAGAAAUGCUGUUACUGAAUAUUCGUUUCUGAGUAAAUAACUACCGAUGUACGAAGAUACAGUGAACGCUACAAGGAUCGAAUUGGACAUGGCUGCCCCCGAGGCAAUACAAGUCAGCUCAUUGCCGUUACCUCCGGUUCAGUACAUUAAUUUGUACACGGACGAAAAUGUCCGUCGAGGCAGAGCACCACGACCACCACCGCCUAUACACGAUACUUACUCGAUGUUUGGAAAUGUAUUUAACGCGGAUGAUACAAUUAUCAGACCCCUCGAGGCACAGGGGAUCAAGAGGCUGUACCCCCAACACUUUGAUCGUCGACGAGAAUUGAAGAAACUGAACCACUCUUUACUAGUUAAUUUUCUGGAUUUGAUAGAUUUACUUGUACAGUGCCCUGACAGCCCAAGGCGUGCUGAAAAGGUCGAAGAUCUUAGCCUUUUAUUCAUUCACAUUCACCACUUGCUGAAUGAAUUUAGACCUCAUCAAGCUAGAGAAACAUUACGAGUUAUGAUGGAAUUGCAACGCAGACAACGUAUUGAAACUGCACUCAGGUUUCAAAAACAUUUAGAAAAGGUUCAAGAAAUUCUACAGCAUGCAUUGCAGAUGUUACCAGACUCAUCUGAACUAGAUUCAAAAUUGGCUAUAAACACAGAUGCUAUGGAAUCAGUUGAUAGUUUAGGAUCUGAACAACAAACAUCAGAUCCAUGCAGCCCGUGUGAUCGUAUUAUGUGCAAAGUAAUUGAUGAUAUGAUUUCAUCGAAUGGACUAUUUUAAAUAAGGGAAUAUUUAUAGAGUACUUUUUAAUAUUAUCUUGUAAAAAUUACUGUAAUUAUAAAUGUAUCAUAUACUGUAGUGAUAAUAAUUCCACAAAA